AGAAAACAUAAGUUUUCAAACGCGGAAAUUUAAAAAAAGAUACCGCCAAAAAAGGAAAUUAGAUUGGCAAGAGACGAAAAAUACAAAGAAAGACACAACCAAAGAAAUGCCAAUAGAAAAAAAUCGGAGAUAUGUCUAAAAAGAUGCAACAAUAUCAACGUCAACUGUGGAAUGAGCAAUAUAAAAGAAAAAAAGAUAAAAUAAAGAAAGAUAGAACUAAUGCGGCAUUAAAGUUAAGUGAGUCUCAGCGCUAUUCCGAAUCAGUGCUGGCGUCGCCAGAAACCCUCCCUUCUGAAUAUCUGGAAAAAUCUCCUACAAUAUCUGGAAAAGAGACUGCUAAUGGUGACAAAGGAACUAAAGAGAUAAACGAAAAUUUGGAAACAAAGAUUAAAAGAAAAGCCAAACAAAAUAAGAAUUUAAGACAACAACUAUACCUAUUUCAAAAGGAAAUGGAAAACUUGAAAAGUAAAUGUAAGUUAGAUAUUGAUAAGGCAGAAAAAUACAGGAAACGAUGUUCAAGGCUUGCAAAAACGUGUGACGCAUGGCUUUUGUGGCGCAUGGCUCUGAUAUCCCAGAUGCACAUGCUUUUUAUAAUAGUCUAAAAGGCAAAUUAGAUGUUAAGUUAUUUUUCGUUCCUACAGAAAACCUUCCUGAAUACACUAAAAAAUUACCAGAUGGUAUAAAAACAAUUCCUGGAACGAGGGACAUUCAUCAAAUUAUAUGUUUCCAAAAUAGUAAAAUGAUGUACAUAAAUCUUUCUUGUUUUUGUAAAACGAAUAAUUGGAUACAGGGAAAAGUAUGUGAUUGUCAUAAAAUGAAGGCAAAGGCGUU